AUGAGGAACCGCUCAGUGGUGACCGAGUUCAUCCUGCUGGGCAUCCCCCACACCGAGGACCUGCAGGCCCUGCUCUUCACCCUCUUCUUGUCCUUCUACAUCUUCACGCUCAUGGGGAACUUGCUCAUCCUGCUGGCCAUCGUGUCCUCUGCCAGGCUCCACACACCCAUGUACUUUUUUCUGUGCAAGCUGUCCGUCUUCGACAUCUUCUUCCCCUCGGUGAGCUCCCCCAAGAUGCUCCUCUACCUGUCGGGCCACAGCCGCGCCAUCUCCUAUGCAGGAUGCGUGUGCCAGCUCUUCUUCUACCACUUCCUGGGCUGCACCGAGUGCUUUCUGUACACCGUCAUGGCCUACGACCGCUUCGUGGCCAUCUGCUACCCGCUGCGCUACUCCAGCAUCAUGAGCGCCCGCGCCUGCGCCCUCCUGGCCGCUGGCACUUCCCUAUUCGGCUGUGUCCAGGCCAUCUUCCUGACCGCCCUCACCUUCCAGCUGCCCUACUGUGGCCCCAAUGAGGUGGACUACUACUUCUGCGACAUCCCCGUCAUGCUGAAGCUGGCCUGUGCAGACACGUCGGCCCUGGAGAUGGUGGGCUUCAUCGCCGUGGGCCUCAUGCCCCUUAGCUGCUUCCUGCUCAUCCUCACCUCCUAUACCUGUAUUAUUUACUCCAUCCUGCAGAUCCGUUCAGCCGAGGGCCAGCGCCGGGCCUUCUCCACCUGCAGUGCCCACCUCACUGCCAUCCUGCUCUCAUUUAUGCCCGUGGUCCUCAUCUACCUGCAACCCACACCCAACCCCUGGCUUAAUGCAACUGUCCAGGUCCUGAACAACCUGGUGACGCCCAUGCUGAACCCCCUCAUCUACAGCCUGAGAAAUAAAGAAGUGAAAUGUUCCUUGAGGAAGGUGCUACAACAAGUGGCCUUCCUUCCUGAGAAGUGA